UAUUAAGGCAUUUAGGACUUGUCACGCCAGUGGUUGUAAGCGAAUAGCAGACCAGCCCGCGAAAGAAACUCCCUCAAACUGCGCCUACCAAACAGAUCCACAACGUUUUGAACAUCGACGGCAUUUUAGGCACCCUUUCCAACAUUUCUGACCGCUGUCGACGGCAAAAAUGUUCGGUUUCUUGCUUUUUUUGUUGGUCGUUUUCGGUGGCGCUGGACUUUGGGUUCACCUGAAAGGGAUAGAAUAUGUAAUGAUACACCAACGAUGGGUUUUUGUGUGCUUCUUUUUGCUGCCCUUAAGCGUGAUCUUCGACAUGUACCACUACCUGAGGACUUGGAUCGUCUUCCAGCUGCACAGCGCGCCCAAGAAACACGACGACAGAGUAAGAAACAUCCAGAAACAGGUGCGAGCGUGGAAGGAAGACGGGAGCCGUAAGCCGAUGUGCACGGCGCGGCCCGGCUGGCAGACCAUGAGUCUCCGCGUCGGAAAGUACAAACAGACGAUGCAGAACAUCAACAUUAACCUCAUCGACAUCCUGGAGGUCGACGUCAACCGACAGGUUGUACGUGUGGAGCCACUAGCGACCAUGGGACAGAUCACAGCCACCCUGCUGCCGCUGGGCUGGACUCUGCCUGUCCUGCCAGAACUGGACGACCUCACUGUCGGUGGUUUGAUCUGUGGAGUGGGAGUAGAGACGUCCUCCCAUCGCUACGGUUUGUUCCAGCACAGCUGUGAGGCAUUUGAGCUGGUGCUGGCUGACGGCAGUCUGGUCAGGUGUACCAAGGAUGAGAACCCUGACCUGUUCUACGCGGUGCCCUGGUCACACGGCACCCUGGGAUUCCUAGUUGCCGCGGAGAUAAAGAUCGUCCACGCCGCAAACUUCGUCAAGGUCGAGUACAAACCCUGCCACACUGCUGAGGAGGUCAGCAAGGUCUAUACUGAGGAGGUUCUGAAGAAGAGUGACAACGACUUUGUGGAGGGGCUUAUGUUCAGCGAGAAUGAGGCGGUUGUCAUGACAGCAAACCUGACCAAUCAGGCGGAACCAGGCAAGGUGAACUCCAUUGGUCUGUACUACAAGCCGUGGUUCUUCAAACAUGUGGAGACUUUCCUGAAGACCGGCCCAGGGGUGGAGUACAUCCCACUGAGGCACUACUACCACAGGCACACUCGCGCUAUCUUCUGGGAGCUACAGGACAUCAUUCCCUUCGGAAACAACCCCAUCUUCCGGUUCCUGUGUGGGUGGAUGGUCCCACCGAAGGUUUCCCUUCUGAAACUGACUCAGGGAGAGACGGUUCGGCAGCUGUAUGAGAAACACCACGUGAUCCAGGACAUGCUGAUUCCGCUGGACAAGAUGGGCGAAGCACUCAGGGUCUUCCAUAAGGAGAUCAAGUUGUACCCGCUGUGGCUGUGUCCCAUGCUGCUCCCCUCCCAGCCAGGAAUGGUACAUCCCAAAGGUGACCAGGACGAGAUGUACGUCGACAUUGGCGCGUACGGGGAACCGAAGACAAUGGACUUUGAGGCCGGCCCGACCACCAGGCGUCUGGAGGAGUAUGUGCGCAGUGUCAACGGGUUCCAGAUGUUGUACGCGGAUUGCUACAUGACCCGGGAGGAGUUUCGCCAGACGUUUGACCACACCCUGUACGACAAGAUGCGGGCAGAGCUCAGCUGUGAGAAGGCCUUCCCCGAGGUCUUCGACAAGAUCUGCAAGAAAAACAGGCACUGAGCAGUAAACACUGAGGACAGCCGCACACGGAAACUACCAGUACCAACUGUGAGGCAUGUCCUUCAGUGGACACCAUACGACUUCCACAAAUUAAGUUCCAAAAUUUCAAAUCUUCUCCAAAAAGACACAGUAUGAAUUUAAACUGUUGUAUCAAAGAAAUAGAUUUUAAAGCAAAAUAAUGUCAACCUUGGUUCAAAGAGAUAAAAUAUGCAAAUAGGUAAGUUUCUGCUGCUUGUACAUGAUUGUACUUACCAAAAUACCAAGUCUGUGUUUUAUGCAACUUGUAUAAUUGUACUUAACAAAAUACCCAAAUAGCCAUAAUAGGUUUUAUGCUGCUCAUUUAAAUUGAACUUACCAAAAUACAAAACUGGUGCGCUACACCUUGAGGCAGUUCCCUGAUUAUUCAGUAUGAAAAAACAAACACAAUUCUGUGCUGAUUUAACCCUUUCUCUGAUGAUGCCUGCUGUCACCAAUACAAAUCUGCUGCUUUAAAGCAUCCUCAGCAGACAAAGGGUUAACACAAUACAAUAUACAAAACUACUCAAUGAGACAUACAGUAUUCCAAUUUUGGUCAUCAGCACUCCAAAAUCCAAACUGUUAUGCCAAAGACAUUAUUGCCACUGACAUUCAGGAACUUUCAGUUUCAGUCCAUCUCUCUUGUAUCAAAUUGAGAUUUGCUGUCUGUAUUUUCUUCUAGAUAAUGUUUAAUCACUGAUUAGGUGUCUGUGUUACCUC